AUGGCGCCAGCAGACGAUUACUCCACUGGCGGGGGUGGCAAGCUCAAGUUGAAAGGGAGCAAAGUAGCCGAUGGACGGGUGAAGAAAAAGAAGAAGGAUUCGAAGAAGAAGAAGGAGGAGCUGGAAGGGAAGGAUGUUGUUGGAAAUGAUUCUGAUAAUGGGCCCAUUGAGCGGAGAGAGGAUGAGAAGUCCGAAUCACCAGAUCAUGAAAAGGACGAGAGAGAAGGUGGGCCCAAGACUGAAACAGAAAGGAAGUAUGAGGAGGUGAGGCGCAAGCGAUUGCGUGAACGGCUCCAGCGGGAUGGUGUCAAGACCCAUAAGGAGCGUGUAGAAGACUUGAACAAAUACCUCAGCCGGCUGAGUGAGCAUCACGAUAUGCCUAAGAUUGGACCUGGUUAA